AUGUUCAUUCUAUCGGAAGUCACCGACCUCGUGCGCAUCCCGCCCCAGUCGUUCAACAUCCCCAUCCAGCACAGUCUCACCGACGAGCUCAACAAGAAGCUCGCCAACAAAGUCAUCAGCAAUCUCGGCUUGGUAAUAACAGUAUGGGACUUGCUAGACAUAAAGGACGGACUCCUCAAGCCUGGAGACGGAGGCUCGUUCGUGGAGGUCAAGUUCAGGUGCAUCGUGUGGAAGCCAUUCAUAGGCGAAGUGCUCACUGGAUGGGUGUCGGAGUGCUCUCCCGAAGGCAUCAAGGUGAAGUUGGAGUUUUUUGACGAGAUCUUCAUUCCAAAGUCAUAUAUCUUUGAGGCCUGUGAGUUCAGGCCCGUGGAGAAGGCGUGGGUGUGGAAGCCAGACGAGGAAACUGAGUUAUUUAUCGAUAUCAACGAAAAGAUCCGAUUCAGGGUGGAAGAGGAGAUCUUUGUCAACAUCAAGCCCAAGUCGUCGCACGAGGCGCUUGGGUUGGAGGUGCCCUCCAACAGAGCGCCUCCGUACGCGUUGUUGGCGUCGUGCCAGACUGACGGGAUGGGUUGUGUGUCGUGGUGGGACUGA